CGACCCGCUGAUUGUGGUCCGUUGGAGAAAAAGAGAGCUCGCACGCAUCUGCGCUGGUCUCGCGUGGAAAGCGCUGAGCGCACCAGAUGACUCCGAGAGAAUAAGAAAUUUGGCUUGGCUUUGGAGCUCAGCAGAGGGCAACCCAACUGGCAGCAGGUAGUGAACGGAUCAGACAAAGAAUUGCGCGUCGCGAAGAAUUUUCCGCAGCUCCCAGCCGUUUAGUUAUCGAACAAUUCAAUUUUCCGUUUCUGUGCGCUCCGCUUACGCGAAUUGUGCGUCCUGUUCGUCCUUCGUCCAUCCGCCAAUUGUGUUUUCUUCGUCCGCACUUGCAGGGGCUGCUUUGUGCUUUUUUUGUUCGGGUUCUUGGUCGGAGGUUCGUUGGUGGUGCGCCUUGCGAGGGUGUCAAUUGUAUCGUCUGAUCGCAGGUCGUUAGUCGGGGCUGCUGAACGGAGAAUCGAUCUUGGAAGCCCACGGAGCAGAAAGGAAGCGAACAAAGAGGACACAAACGAGGCGAGGAACAAAGGAAAAUGCUGGACCUCGAAGUAGUGCCCGAGCGAUCGCUCGGCUGCGACAAUUGGGAGUUUAUUUUGGGAAUGCAUUUUUCCCAAGCUGUAGCAAUCAUCCAGUCACAAGUAGGAAUAAUCAAAGGCGUACAAGUAUUAUACUCCGAUUCUAAUCCAUUAAGUGUUGAUAUUGUGAUAAAUUUACCGCAAGAUGGAAUCAGAUUGAUUUUUGAUCCUGUUGUACAGCGAUUGAAAGCAAUAGAGGUGUUCAAUAUGAAAUUAGUAAAAUUGAAAUAUUGUGCUAUGAUAUUUAAUUCUCCCGAAGUAUUACCUUCGAUCGAACAAAUUGAACAUUCUUUCGGUGCAACACAUCCGGGAGUCUAUGAUGCUGCCAAACAGCUUUUUGCCCUACAUUUUCGCGGUUUAAGCUUCUACUUCCCCGUGGACAGUAAACUUCAACCAGGCUACGCUCAUGGUUUAGGUUCACUCGUUUUUCCAAGCGGUGCAUCACCGGUGGUAUCAAAGAUGGCACUUUACUCAGGCAGUAGUAUGGCUGAAAGUCAUCCGCCUGCUUUGCCACUCUCCUGCUAUCAUCAACAGCUAUACUUGGAAUCCGCUAGUGUUCUACGAAACUCUUCAGGAACUCGUGGAUUGCGCCUUCAGCUCUUCACAGAGGGUUCAGUCCGUGUAUUGGAACCACGACGGCAAUGCUUCACCCGAGAAAUUUUGUUUGGUGACAGUUGUCAAGAUGUUGCUACAAGCUUAGGUGCACCAAAUAGGAUUUUUUUCAAGAGUGAAGAUAAGAUGAAAAUUCACUCACCUAGUGCUCAUCGGCGAGUUCAAUCGAAACGGAGUGAUAUAUUUUUUAAUUAUUUUACGCUUGGUAUAGACGUGUUGUUCGAUGCAAGAACUCAGCGAUGUAAGAAAAUCAUUUUGCAUACCAAUUAUCCUGGACAUUAUAAUUUCAACAUGUACCACCGAUGUGAAUUUCAAUUCCAAUUGGCACCUGACAAGGUCUCGGAAAAAGAACCUUUAAAUGCACCAGUUGUUAUUACGGCAUAUUCAAAAUGGGAUUCGAUAAGUUCACGUCUUGCCCCGGCUGAACGUCCUGUCGUCCUCCAUCGAGCAAGUUCUACAAACACAGCCAACCCCUUCGGUUCAACUUUCUGCUUUGGUUAUCAGGAUAUAAUCUUCGAAAUAAUGCCAAAUAAUCAUAUAGCAUCGGUAACAUUGUACAGUAUAUCAUCAUUUCCCAAGCGUUCAUCAUAUCCUUGGCAACGGAAAUAUAGCAUGCAAGAUAUCCGCUUGCCAUCAGUUGCGUGACCACGACUUCGGGUGGCAUACAACGUAAUUUGAAAAUUGAUGCAAUGACGGAUUGAGAACUCGGCUGUCUGUGAGAGAAUUUGUACUGGCUAUCAAGUUAUCCUCUUAAUAUUCAUGCAUGUUAACAAUACAUUGACAAACAUUAGUGAAAAGUCCUUUCAUUUAAUUUCUUUGUUUUCUUGGCAAAAGAAUCAGCAAAACUUGAAUAAUAUGGUAUCAAAUGAGAGAAAAAUAAUAAAAAAAAGACAUUAAUUAAUCAAAUCGUUUCACACUUAUUUUCAACUUUUUAUCAAGAAUGGGAAAGAAUUGCGAGGAGAAAUGUUGGAUAACUAACUAAGCAGGCUGGGAUUUCCGGUGAGGCAUCAUGAAUGAAUUUAGCCGCUAGUAGAACACCAAUAACAACCUCGAACUAAUACUUUAAUUUAGCCCUUACAAUUUUAUAACGAACAAAUCAUGGAUUAAUUGUAAUUAGUCCGAAAAAAAAACAAAAAUAGGAUACUAGUUAAUGCGGCCAGUUGCGGGUGAGAAUGUUUUGAAAAAAAAAACCAAACCCAAGUUUUGGUCGUUGAAAAAAACUCAGAGGUUCGGUUAAAUCCAGAACUUUUGACGAUCCUUCCCUGAAUAAAACAAGUCGACUUACAAUUCAACAUGAAUCACGACGAUGACCUAGGUUAGUAAAAUUCAAGAAACUAUUUCCAACAUGUAUCCUGAGCAUUUCUGAAA